AUGAAGCCUAAAUACAGCGUCACGCGUGAUGCACAAGAUGAGGCGGAAGACUCAGUUUCCCUUCAGUUCAAGUCACCUAGCGACGGGGCAGGGGACGAAACGACAGAAAGCAAAUCACAGGAGACGCUGGAAAUCCCCCGCUGGCAGUCAAUAUUUUUGACAAUAUCCCUUAUGUUAUCGCUUUUCUGUGUGUCAUUAGAUGACACCGUCCUUGCUACUGCUAUUCCAAAGAUCACCACUCAGUUCCAUUCUCUUGAUGAUGUGGGCUGGUAUGGAAGCUCUUACCUCUUUUCCACGUGUGCCGUGCAGUUACAAUUCGGCAAGAUCUACUCUUUGUUCGCUACUAAAUGGGUAUACCUUUGGUCAGUCUUUGUCUUUGAGGCUGGCUCCCUCCUCUGCGCAGUGGCGCCAAACUCAGUGGCACUUAUCGUCGGACGAAGUAUCGCUGGCUUAGGCUCAGCGGGUAUAACUUUGGGCUCGUUUGUCGUAAUGACACGACUGGUACCCCUACGCUACCGACCGAUGUAUACCAGCCUUUUGACCUCGAUGCAUGGCAUAGCCUGUGUGGCGGGUCCUCUGCUUGGAGGUGUAUUCACCGAUUACGUCACCUGGAGAUGGGGCUUCUAUAUGAACCUAUCCAUGGGGGCAAUUGCCAUCGUGUGCAUUGUAUUUUCUAUGCCACCAUUGCCUCCCACCCAGCGACUCAAUUUCAGCAAGAAGCAAAUGCUCGGACAGAUUGACCCGAUCGGCAAAGUGAUACUAGUUCCAGCUGUUGGGGAAACGAAAUAUCCAUGGGAUAAUGGACGUAUCAUUGCUCUAUUUUGUGUGUCCGCAGUGCUUACUGCAGCCUUUAUUAUCAUUCAGCUCUGGCAGAAGGAUCGAGCUAGUAUCCCGUUGCAUAUUGCUAAGGAUCACAAUAUCCUUGGAGCUUUGUGGUUUUCCGUUUGUCUCGGCUGCACUCUGACGGUCUUCACCUACGAUCUCCCGAUCUGGUUCCAGGCUGUGAAGGGUGUGUCAGCCACCAAGUCUGGUAUCAUGAACCUGCCCAUGAUUCUCGGUUUGGUCAUUGUCUCCUUAUUCGCUGGAGCUCUGACCUCAUGGAUCGGGUAUUACACUCCACUACUCAUGGUGUCCGCUAUCAUCACUCCAGUAGGGCUUGGACUGCUCAGUACAUUGGAGGUUGAUUCGGGCAUUGGAUAUUGGUUUGGAUAUCAAGUAUUGAUGGUGUUUGGCCUAGGAAUUGGCAUACAGACUGUAUUGCUUGUCUCGCAAGUCACUGUACCUUUAAAGGACAUACCCGUAGCUACGACCCUCUUGUUGUUUGGGCAGACUUUGGCUGGAGCAGUUUUCCUCCCAGUAUGUCAGUCAGUUUUCCAGAACCAGUUGGUAUCUAAUCUGCAUGAGUAUGCCCCGGAUGCCAACUCCAACGAUAUCCUUGAAGGUGGCAUAACUGGACUGCGCAAAGUCGUUUCCGCGGAGCAGUUGCCAUCUGUUUUGACCGCGUACAAUAAAGCUCUCACCCAGUCCUUCUAUGUGGCUGUCGCCUUGUCCUCUCUGUCUAUCCUGGGACCUGUUUGGUUAGACAGGGUUUCCCUGAAGAGUUCUCAGAGUGUGACAGAUCCAUCACCGCAAGAGGCAUCUCCCCUUGGGUUGUCUGCCAAAAUCGAAUAA